AGGGCUGCGUUGGAAAUCAUUUGACAGUGGUUUGGGAUUAUGCUACUGUUAAAUAACAAAAUAUCCCAACAGAUAACUAAGGAAUUUCAUAUUAACGAUGGAAUAUAAAAUGGUAUGAGCUACUAUCAGCUUGAAUGAGAAUAUCUACAAUCAACCUUAUUGAUUGAAGCAACAAGUUUACUAAUUUAGUGGGAUGGAUGCUUCAGUUUUGGUACAAGUGAAAAUGCCCAUAGCUACGGCUUCUUUGUGAUGGUUUAAAUAUGUUUUUCAAAGGUGGAGGAAAAAACACUAAUUUAUCUUAGUUUAAGAAAGAAUCUAUCAGCUAGCUUAACAGAUUUUCUACUUAUUGUUUUAAUAAUAUCUAUCACAUGUAGUUGAACAUUAUUAAAGUUAAUAUAAAGGAUGCUUUGAAUCAAGUGGACUUCCUGAUCAUAGCAAUUAUUUUGACUCAUGAUGGAAAAUGGCAGCAUCAGCAAGUGGGCUAAAUGCACGUUGGUGCAGGCGUUACAAACCGUUUUUUAUUGUGGUAGGAAUAAUCCUUGUUGUCCAGGGUUUCCUAGCAUACAGUUUUUACACCAUAUUUGGAAUGGAUGAAGAAGGUUCACAAUGGCAAGGAAACACUAAAAGAAUUAGGGGAAACAUUCAGUUGGUCCAACAACAAUCCAAACAUAUUGAUGAGUAUAACAUAGAUGAUGAAGACUCCCUCAGUAACAUUUGGGAUAAGUCGGCAAGAAACAGUAAUAACCGACAUAGUGAAGUUAAAAUAUUAGAGCAAGACGGGCUUCAUAAUGAAAUUGUAGUUCCUAACGUACAAAACCUGAUUUCUCGGACAGAUCGACUACUGUCAGACUAUGAUUUAGUAGCUAAGGAGCCCAGUAGUGUAUUAAAUACAUCUAAACAGGUCGAAAAGAAAGACAAUGAAUCCUUGAAUUUCAGUAAACUAAAUUUCAAGCCCUGGUGUGAAAUACUAUCUCGAGAUGCCAUAUCAGCUAUUAAUCGUGCCAGAAGUCAGGGAUGUAAAGAGAAAAUAGCUAAUGUUACGUGCCUUAUUAAAGCAGGGAAGAUGUACCCAACACAACUCCCACGAUACUGUCCAGUAGAAGGUGAUAAAAAAGGAACAUAUCUUGGUUGUUUUAAGGAUGCAAGUCAAAAACGAAUUCUCCCAAGAACAUUUACCAAAUUAUCCCAUAACACUCCCUUAUCAUGCAUACAGAAGUGUUUCCAGUCAGGCUUUCAGUAUGCAGGGACACAAUACAGUUUAGAGUGUUUCUGCGGGAGAGAGCCACCCCCUGAAAGUAUGAAAAUUGAUGAAUCUGAAUGCAAUAUGGCUUGUCCUAAAAAUCUGAGUCUUGUAUGUGGAGGAUAUUUUUCAAUGAAUGUAUAUGCUACUGGUUUGCCAAAGUUUGUAAAAAAUAAAGCAUUGCCCGCAGUAGAUACAGAGAAAAAUGAUCCAGUCACUAUAGUCUUCCUGCUUACAGUGAAUGGUCGAGCCGUCCGUCAAGUCCGUCGCCUUAUCAGAGCUUUGUAUCAUACACGACAUUAUUUUUUUAUUCAUGUAGACUCUCGACAAGAUUAUCUCUUCCGGGAACUAUUGCCUCUAGAGGAGAAGUUUCCCAAUAUCCGUCUAUCCCGGUGGAGACUCUCUACAAUUUGGGGAGGAGCUAGUCUCCUUCAGAUGUUACUUCAAUGUAUUUGUGACUUGCUUGCCUUUAGGAAUUGGAAGUGGGACUAUGUAUUAAACUUAAGUGAAAGUGAUUUUCCUAUAAAGUCUUUGUCACAACUGGAGGGUUUUCUGACUGCCAACAAGGGCAUGAACUUCGUUAAAUCCCAUGGUCAAGAUACUCAGAGGUUUAUUGCAAAACAAGGUUUAGAUAAAACUUUCUAUGAGUGUGAUACACACAUGUGGAGAAUAGGAGAACGCACCCUUCCUUGGGGUAUACAAAUAGAUGGUGGAAGUGACUGGGUUGCUCUGAGUAGAGACUUUUGUACCUAUGUGGUAAAAGAAAACAAUGAGUUGCUAACUGGGUUAAAAACUGUCUUCAGUUACACACUUCUUCCUGCAGAAUCUUUCUUCCACACUGUACUUCAGAAUAGUGAGUAUUGCAAAAAGAUCAUAGAUAAUAACCUCCAUGUUACCAACUGGAAACGGAAACAGGGAUGUAAGUGCCAAUACCGACAUGUUGUGGACUGGUGUGGCUGCUCACCAAAUGAUUUUAAAAUUGAUGAUUGGCCAAGGAUCAAGGCAACAGAAAACCGUCCAUUUUUCUUUGGUCGAAAAUUUGAGCCUGUAGUUAACCAACAGAUAAUUGAACAAGUAGAGAGAUGGAUUAAUGGACCAAGAGAACUAGUCUCUCCAGUCACAAGUUCCUACUGGCAGAACGAGUAUCAUUGGAAGGAUAAAUCACCAGCUCCUGAUGAUGCCAAAAUUUCUAUUUAUAACAGUCUUGGCCGACUUGCAUGCCGACAACUACGAGAUGCUACUAAGCCAUGUAAUGUUGUACCACUGAAUGUUCGGGAAGCAACGUUGUUUUUUGAGACUGAUAUUUACAAAGGGACACUGAUUUUGUUUGAAGCCUCUGCUCAAGGUAUAUCAAGUCCUGUACUUCUGGAAGUACAAGCUCGACCAAGACAACAUUAUAUCAUACAUAAACCAGUUGGACCUACUGGACGACUGAAGUUUAUACAGGUGGGAACAGACUUUGACUUGAAAGAGCAACUGUUUAGAAACUUUGGCCGAAUAAUUGGGCCUUUUUCUGAGCCAGCAGCUCUUCAUAAGUGGGGACCAGGUAAGGAGUUCUCGGCAACAUUUGUUUGGGUGGACCCUACAAAAACUGUAGCAGGCUCUUAUGAAGUAAGGGUGGAAAGUGGAAAUCAGGACUUGCACCUUAAACCUGUGUUUAGACAGCCACUUCGUCCGGGCAUCUGGACUCUCCUGUUAAUGUACAACUGGGUUCUGGUAGCUGAAACACAUUUUCUGGUGGUCCCAUUAUCAGUAUAUAACACGCAACCAGUUGAUGAGCAGAAGACCCCGAUGAUUCACAGCGGUCCUGGAAAACAACCAUAUGUUGACCACGAUUUCAGUAAUGUAGAAACACUUCUUAAGUACACCAACAAAACUUUAAUGUUACAACAGGCAGUGCUUAAUUCUCAGAAGGCUGGUAAGGACUUGGAGAAUUGGAUUGAUGGUCUCACCACCCAGUUCUGGACCGUUCAAGAUUUAUGUUUUGUCUCAGUGCCUCAGCAUCCAACAGGGGGCGCCUUGUGCUUGGCACUGGACAUGGAUCCUUGUCAGCUAACCUUAUGGAGUUCUAAGUCACCAGACCCAAAGUCUGAGGUAAACAGUGAUAGAGAAGCUCAAGUACAAUGAUAACAACAACCAGUUCUUAUUUUAUAAGAACAGAAUAUUGCAUGAUGUAACUUUUUUAACUAAUUGAGAAAAACAAUAGUGAUCCCAGUCUAUUUUAAAGAAAAAAAAAAACUGUAUGAACAACAGGUCACUUGUAAUAAAUAAUGGACAAUUUUCAGUUCCUAUAAAGAUAUAAGUUAAUUUAAAACUACCAUACCAUACUUUGUAUCAUGAAUUAAUUUUGCACAUUUUAAAGUCAGGACAGGUAUUGAACUUUAUAAUUUAUAUUUUUUGUGUAUAUUUUUUUUUCAUUUCUUGGUCUUAUGUUUAAAAUUUUUCCUAUAAUUUUUUUUACUGUUUGACUUUAGGUUCAUAUAAUGUUAUCUGUGGUAACUAAGUAACAAUGAUUAGGAUUAAUAUUUUUAGAAAUUUAGUGAAAAUACAAAUAGAGCAACAGUUUUUAUUGUUAGAUAAUACUUAUAAAUUAUUUUAUUGAAAAACAACAACUUUGAUUCAACCAUGAGAAAUGAAACAAAUGUCCUUGUUGAGAAAUUUAAAAAGUAUCAUGUAAUCUAAAUUCCAUUUCUGACAUUUGUGUAAUUUCCAAAUGCAAUUGAGAUAAUGUAUAUGUUACAUUUUUACAUGUUACGUAUAGAUAAUCAACUCUUACCAUGUUAGUAAAGAGAAUUUGUGCCAAUCAUAAACAAACGUCACCUAGUGGUGGAAAUGUACAAAUGAUUUGUUUCUUUUUUUUUGUUUAUCUAGCAUUAUAUAAGUUAAAGCUUAAGCUUGUUGUACUACUGGUGUUUGUUACCUUUAUGAAAGUUAAGAUAAUUUCAGUAAUAUUUUGGUGCUUUAGGGUUAGUACUAGUAACAUAUGCAUUACGUAAGCAUGAUGAAUGUAUGAGUAUAGGUUUUGUUGUUCCUUUAGAUUAAUUAUAACAAUGGCCUCCGUAUGAAGUUGUACUACAUUUUGUGUCAAAUUUGACUAAGUUCAGUUAUAGUUCAUGUAUUAUGAGGGAAACUUAGCUGAAAGCUCAUUUUUAUUUUCUUCACUACAUAAUUUAGCAAAAUCGUUUUCUAAACACUUUAGAUUUUUCUUUUUUUUAUUACAUAUAUGUCAACUUUUUUCACAAAAGUUCAUACGGAAAUUUUAAAAAUGGGAAAAGAAAAUGCUUAGAAGUAUCUAAGAAGAACAUUUAUUUUAUCAGAAUACAUGUAAACACGAAAUAUCUGUCAGUACGAUUAUUAAUACUAGUUGUAAAAUUAAUUCAAAAUGGACGUGUUUCAUAAAUGUUACAAUAGACUUAAGAAAAUAGCUUUUGGACCUCUUCAACUCUUCGGAGUACCACCGAAAUGCACUGAAAGUGAAAGAAGAGAUGCUUUUUGGGGAUGUUAGAUCUGGUCUUUGAAUUUAAAACCAGGCCUUUUCAGUAUGGCCUUACAAUCAACUGUGUUAUUCACUUUUUUAUAUUGUGAUGUUGCUGAAGUACGUUGAGAUUUUUUCUGUCUACUAUAGUGCUUAUUUGAUUUACUUUUCAAUUAAUAUUAUGUUUUUUGCUUUAUUGUUUAUUCAGGAUUUUAUUUUGGAUAGUAUACAACUUGAUAAAAGUUUGUUAUAGAAUAGUGAUAUGUUUAGUCAUUUGUGAAUAUAUUUUUUUGGGAAAAUGCACAGUGAAAAGUUUUCCUAUUAUUAUUUUUUCUGUAUUUUCUUUGGCUUUCAACUUUAAGGAUUUUAUUUUAUUAUUUUAAAAUAUAACCACGUACCGAAACAUCAAAGUCAUCUUUAUGGUAGGAAAUGUGCGAUUCAUGGAGUGAAACAAAUAACAAAGAUAACUUUAUAAUUCAUUAAAGAGUGUUGAGGUAAUUUAGAAUUAAAUUUUCUUUAUAUGUAUACUAAAGUAAUACAGGAUCUGUGCAAUAAAAUGAUUUUACAAUCAUACAUGUGUGAUAUGAACAAGCACUGAGUGAGUGUAAAAAACAUGUAGGCUAGCUUUCUUAAGUUACAUGUUGAACUGUGUAAGACUUGUAAGUAAAAUAUUUUGCAUAUUUCCUACAUGUACAAGCUUAUUUGACUCUUGAAUAUAUGUACCUACCCAACUAUAUUAUGUUUAUUGUAAUGCACAAACCUUUUUUAUUACUUUUGUAAAUUAAUAGCAUCAAAUUAUAAAAUGUAAUUGUAAUUGUUGCCUAUGAAAGCGUUUGGAUUGUCUGUCCUACUGAAGGAAAAACAAACAAUUAGUUGUAUUUAUAGCUUAUUUUUCACAUUCGAUGAUUUUGGAGUUUUGAUUGCUGUGCAUGAAAAUACUAUAUUUGUUCAUGUGUUAGCCUUAGAGUAUGUUGUAUGACAUUCUUCAAGCUGCUUACGACAUAAAAAACAAGAUACUCUGAAGAACAAAACAGUUGCAGAAUUGAAAAUAGCAUGAGAGAUAUAUUAUUAAUAGUUAAUUAGGCAACUAACAACUACAUCACCAGCCUAAAUAUGUUUCCACAGACUUCACUAUUAAAGCUCAUAAACAAAAUAUAGCUAAUUGAUACUUUCAUUUCAAAGAGAUAUAAUUAUCUAUGAAUCAAAGUUUAUAUAUUCCAAACAAAACAAUAUUCUACUGAAUUAAACAGAAUCAACCCUACAACUAUGCACAGCUAG